CCUCAUAAUUGAUACGCUCGUUUGUUUGCUCUAACAGAAGUAAUAUGGAAAUUGAAAAGAGACAGGUGCUUUUAGCAACAGAAGCAGAGGCUUAUAUUGAGGCUUUACAAAAAUUUGAAUUGGAAAAUAUUGGCUCUCCCAGAUGGUUCCAACAACAUGAAUAUUUGGGAAAACUAACUAUGCAAGCAGUGCUUAGUGCUAGUGGCCAGGAAGAUGAAUUUAUAAAGGAGUUCUUUUUGGUAAUGGGCAAGGUUCCACUUGUUAUACACGAAUUGAUUGCCGUAGAAACGUGGAAGGAGAAGAUAUUUCCAGAGUUUGUAAAACUAAAGUUCAAACCUUCAACAUCUGUGCCUCUAUACAUGGUGCUAUAUCAAGAAGCUAUAUUGGUAACACUUUUGGAAAUAAUCUUAUACCACCAGGAGGUACUGGAGUCAGGAGAAGAUUAUAUUUUGGACCUUCUAGGGUAUUGUCACAGGAAACUGACAGACCUCCUCUCUGGUAAUUACAAUCCAGAAAAAGAUGUGAAGGAAAAAGAAUCUGACAUUUCCAGGACCCUGAUUGAUGACUUACAGAGACAUAAGAAAUCCAUGGGGUUCGACAUCGCAAUGAAAACAGUAUCAAUUCUUAGAUAUAUAGCUGAAAAUUUGUCUAGUCUUCCACUUUCAGUGACUCAUCAUAUUCUGAGCGUGCAUGACUUUCCACUUCUCCUUUCCUUCUUGCUCGAGGAACCACCUUGGGUUCGAUGUUCUGACAAUUCAGAGGAGAAGUACAUCGAUGGGAAGUGGUGUUUGGUGGAAGAAGAGAAUCGAUUUCAGAUAACCAAAAUAGAAGGACAGGUUUGGAUCACUCUAUACAUCCUGCUUCUGAGUGAAGAAUGUCAGAAGAAAUAUGAACUAAACAGUUACAAGAAAAACCAGAUUCUGAAGCUUCGUUCCCACCUUAGUGAAAUCUUAAUAGAACAGCUACCUUCCCUGCAAAGUCUUCAACAAUAUCUGGAGAGCUUGUCGAUCAUGGAGCCACCAGCUGUCAGAAGAGAUUUGAUCAUUGAACAGAUUUCAGAGCUGCGAGAAGAGUUUUUGAAAGAAGGAGAGGGCAAGUGGGAUAAAAUAUCUCGACAGCAAGCGGAGACUUUUUUUUCACCAAGUCUGGAAGCCCUUAAAGAACAUUCUAGACGGUUGGCAGAUACCUACUCUGUGGAUAUAUUGGAAAAUUUUGUUCCAGAAACACCCAAGUGUUGCGUGUGUGGCCACAGUGCAAAUAAACGUUGUUCUCGCUGUCGCAACGAGUGGUAUUGUAGGAGAGAGUGUCAAGUCCAGCACUGGCCGAAGCACAAAGUGGCUUGCAGUUUAGUUACCAAUUCAGAAAGUUAGGGCACCUUCAGCUCAUGAUAACCCUAUAUUCUUACAACCUAUCUUGGAUGUUAACUUGCUGGAGUGCUUAUUUGUAUAUGAAUAUAUCACACACUGUAAACAAGAAACCUUACAGGAAAAGCUUCAACUUGAGUUCUAUUAAUUUAUUUAUAUAUAUAUCUGUAUUGCUUUAGAGUAAAAUAACUGCUUGUUACGUUACAAUGUGUAGUACGAUGAUGA